AUGUUAUCUACCUCUACCAUUGCCAAAUCUUUGACUAGAACAGUUCCUCGUGUCUUUUCAAAUACCUCUAAAGCUCCAUCUCUACGCUUAUUUUUAAGAUGCCAAUCUACUUCUCAUGGUAACAAUAAUUUAAACAAGAACGAACUACCAUUUAAAUUCAGUCCCGCCGGUCCAAAAUUGGUUAAAUAUUCUAAGGACCAUGAAUGGCUAGCAAUGCAUGCUGAUGGUACCACUUUCUUAGGUAUCACAGACUAUGCCGCUGCUGCUUUAGGUGAUGCCACUUACAUCGAAUUACCUGAAGCUGAUACAGAAGUCGAUGCUUCUGAUUCAAUUGGUUCUGUUGAAUCUGUGAAAUCUGCCUCCGAAGUUUAUGUUCCAGUAAGUGGUACUGUUGUAGAAGGUAAUACUGACUUAGAAAGUAGUCCGCAAUUGAUUAACUCCGAUCCGAUGGGUAAAGGUUGGAUUGCUAAGUUAAAAGUCGAUGAAGCUACAAACAAAGAAAUUUUGGAUAAAUUGUUUACGUUAGAGCAAUACGAACAGUUUUUAAAGAGUGAUGAAUAG